UUAGAGAUUACAUUGUGAGCAAUUUAUAAUAUUUUACAAUAUAUCUUAUAAUAUAUUUCAAAUUUAUAUUAAUAUAAAUUAAUAAUAAUAACAUACCUAUAUAUUCAUAUUUUUACAAUUUUUAAUCUAUAUGUAUAUGAUAAAAUUACAUAUAUAAAUUGUAAUAGUAAAAUAUACGGAUAUAGUUAUAUAUAAUUAUAGUAUGAUUUUAGAGAGAGAUUAUGAUAUAUUCCUGUGACAAUAAGUCUUUAUUUAAAUUUAGAGGUAAUUUACUAACAUUUAUCCCAUUUCAAGCGUGCGUUACCUGGGAGAUGUAAACAAUUUCAUUAUGGAUCCGUUUCCUGCAAUCUUUCGCAUUCUAUCGUUUGCAUUCAAAAUGAAAUACUUACAUAUUCAGAUAUUAAAAACAAAAAGGAAUGGUAAAGGGUGAAGAAUUUAAGGAAAAAUACAUAAAGGAUAUAAUCGAGAAAGGAAUGGAAAUAUCUAUUGUGGAUAUUAUUUUUAUCGAUUAAUUAUUUGUAAAAAAGUUUUCGAGCAAAAUGGCAGCGUCCUUGCAAACUCGUGUUCUAUAUGGUUUAAAAACAGAUAUAAUCGGUAACGCACAUUACAUUACGGAUGCGGAAAUUUUAUAUCCCGUUGGUAAUGUAUUGGCGAUUCAUAAUGUUCUUCAGUAUCAGCAAAAGUUGAUUCGAUUAUCCGAUAAAAAUAUAAAUGUCAUUUGCGUCUCGGCUAACAAAAAAUACGUCGCUGUAUCUGAAGUGGGGGACAAACCUACUAUAUCUGUUUACGAUCUCCAGUCUUUGAAGCGCAGAAAACUGCUCGGAAUACCUUUCGACACGCCAGGAGUAACUAGAUUUACGAGCAUAGGUUUCACCUUUGAUAGUAAGAAUCUAGUAGCGAUUACUGGUGAACCCGAUCUAACAUUGCUCUUCUAUAACUGGGAGAAGGGUAAAGUCGAGUCGAUGUCCAAGUUGGCAAAUCCGCAAAAUCCAUUGGCGAUCCCCGAGAUAUUAGCCUGCAAUCCGACAGACUCGUCAGUGGUGGCGGUCGGCGGCCCGUACAACUUCAAAUUUCUUAUCGUUUCCGAGACAAUUUGGCGUGCAUACGGUUUUACCAAGGGAGAUAGUCUCUUGGUUUCCUCGAUGACCUGGCUGGACAGCGACCGAAUGCUCGUCGGUACCGAAGAGGGUCGUGUGCUCUAUAUGGAGAACGGCGAUUUGAAAAACAUUUACUGGAUAUCAGAUACGAUGUCAAUGAACCUCAAGAUCCGUGAGGAGUACGUUAUGCCCGUUGUCGCUAGCUUGCCGGUGACAUUGGACAACGAUCAAGAAGAGUUGGUCACCUGGGAGCAGAACGUGCGUUGCUUGAUCGGAUUUCCACGAGGUUUCGCCUACGCCCACGGUCCGGGCACCAUAAUACUUUUUGAAAAGGAAGGGAAGCACAAGUAUACGAAGAGAAACAUCUAUGUGCUUCCAAAGCAGGUGUUGAAAGAUGAAGAUCCGAAUCUAUAUAAGAUCAACAUGAUCGAUGUGAAUCCCGGACUUGACCAGCUGAUUAUCACCGCCGGUUGGUCUCAGCUGUAUUACGCUGCAUUGUGGGGUCUGGAUCUGCAGAAGGACCCUAAACCACAGCUGCUUAGAAUCAUGGGCCAGCCGUUACAUCAUGGUCCUAUCAGCGGUCUCGCCACGUGUGCAUGGAAGCCGGUCUUCAUGACAUGCGGCGAGCUGGAUCGUAGUGUUCGAUUGUGGAAUUUCGAAACUGAGAGCAUGAUCAUGCUGAAACAAUACACUGAAGAUAUAUAUGGUAUUGCGUUACAUCCAAUGGGGCUGUUCUGUUUGAUUGGCUUCACUGACAAGCUGCGUUUCAUGAGUAUCCUAAUUGACGAUUUGUUGCCAAUGCAAGAGAUUGCCAUUAGAAGCUGUACAACGAUUCGCUUCAGUUAUGGCGGUCACUUGUUCGCUGCGGUCAGCGGCAAUGUCGUGCAGGUGUACACCACCAUUGGCUUUUAUAAUCCCUUCAUCCUCAAAGGACAUACGGGUAGGGUGAAGGCUCUCCUCUGGUCGCAGACGGAUCUGAAAAUGUUAAGUAUGGGCACGGAGGGUGCCAUAUACGAAUGGGACAUGACCACCGGCAUGCGAUCCGGCGAAAUCAUUUUGAAGGGCAUCAUCUUGCAUGACAUUGCGUUGUCUUCGGACACUUCAUUCUUUUAUUGUAUCGCCAAUGACGAUUAUAUACGCGAAAUAAAAAAAAAUGAGGUUAUUCGAGAGUUUUUUUUGCCUGGUAGAGAAAUGCAUCAAAUGCUCAUGGGAAAAGAUGAUAUAACGCUAUUCAUAACUUCUGGUGGUAUCAUUAUCUCGUUGAAGUGUCCGCUUCAAACUCCGAUAGAAUCGCUAGACUUUCAUAUACACAGUGUCGAUAUUACACAGAUCGCGCUCCCUUACAAUGAGAAUUGUUUAAUCUCCGUUGCAAAAGAUGGUAGUUUAUGCAUUUGGAAAUUAUUCUAUCCCGAAGGAAAGGCGAAAAUAAGCAGAGAUCUACCAUAUACGCAUGAAGUGUUAAUCGGCACAGGCGACUUAGAGGAAAAGAUGCACACAAUCAAGAGUCUGACGGUGAGAAUGAGAGAAAUGGAAACCGAGCACGCGUAUAAACUGCGACAAAUUGAUGUACAACAUAAUGACACGUUACGCGCCGUGCAUCAAGGUUACUGCGAGGCCAUCGAGGAACUUCGAGAUAAGAUUGAAAAGCUUGAGGAGGACCAUAUAAAUGAGAUCAAUAACAUAAAUGUAGAGAUUAUGAAAAUGAAGAAGGCUCACGAGGAAGCAAUGCGACAGAUGGAAAGCAAUUAUGAGAUCAAAUUAAUUACAGAAUACGAUAAGUAUCAGGCAUUCGAAGAACGUACCACUAUAAUGCGUGAAAACUAUGAGAAACAAUUAAAAGAUCUGGAGAAGCGCGACGCGGAAGAGCUACAGAGAACCGUGACGAAGUACGAAGCUCUGCUUCACGAAAAGAAAGUGGAAUUGGAAGAAUCGUCCGAUGAAAUGGCGCACAAAGAACGCGUUCACGAGCAUUUAAUGGCACAGAUAGAGGAUGACGCGGAUCGUGAGAUUCUCGAAAUACGUACAAAGUAUGAAAAUUUGUUGUACGAGGAAAGACAGGCCAAUUUGAAGCUCAAGGGAGAGGCCGGACUGAUGCGAAAUAAAUUCAUAGCCAGCCAGAGAGACGUGGACGAUCUGAAAAGACAAGUGCAUCGCGUACAAAGUGAAUUUGAGCAGUUUCAUAAAAAUAUACAAGAACUGGAGAAGCAAAUAGCGGAGCUGAAAAAGGAGAUCAGCGAGAGAAAUGCUAUUAUUCAAGACAAAGAGCAACAGAUAUACGAUAUGAAACAGACAAAUCAGGAAUUGGAAAAGUUCAAGUUCGUACUAAAUUACAAGAUAGAGGAAUUAAAGAAUCAAAUAGAGCCGAGAGAUCGUGAAAUACAGGAACUAAAGGAGAAUAUUCGGGACAUGGAGGCGGAGCUCAUAAGUCUUCAAAAAACUAAAGUGAAUCUAGAAUUGCAGUUGCACGAAGCGCGUGAGAAAUUGCGCGCAGCGCGUCAAGAGCUCGAUCGCGAAAUGCAUAAAAAUAAACGGUGUGAACAGCUUGUGCGAAAAAUUCGCGUAGACAUUCUCAAUGCUGCGGGACUCAUACAAGAACCAAACGCUUUGAAAACGGCGGUGAGAGAUUUAUAUCAUAAAUACAGCGCGGACGAUGAAUUUUUACGUAGUCGCAAAGCAGAUGUGGACGCGCAAUGCGAAUUCAUCAAGCAAAGGGACUAUUUGGAAAGGACCGUUGCAUCUUUAAGGAAGCAAGUGUUCCAGGACACGGCUACCGGUGAUAAAGGUUUAGAAAAAAUGAUAGAGGAGAAUAGCAUGCUUAUUGUGGAACUAAACGCUCUGAGGCAGGAAUUGAAAGAGACACGACAGCAUAUUUUCCAUAUAGAGAGUCUCUUAGGUUUAACACGAAAGGUGCAACCUUUAGAAGCGAGAAAGAAAUUGGAUAAAGUAUAUCGCGGGUACGAGGAGCUACAGGAAAAAUAUACGACACAAAUGCAGGAGUAUCAGCAGGUUAUUCUAGCAUUGAAGGAAGAUAUCAAACGACUUUUAAGCAAGGUUCCUUGUGAAGAGAUGGAAACUGAAAAGAAAGAAUCUUAAACAAUUUCGCGAAAUUAAAUAUACUCGUUUCUUUCGGAAAUGUGAGCAGUUUAAAAAUAGUUUUAAUAACAAAUCAUUGUUUUUCAAUAAUUAUAUAUAAGGAAUUUUCAAUUUGUUCCUAUUGUAUAUUGCAAUUUAUAUGUGUGAACAUAUGUAUAUAUUAUAUAUUUUUUUUUAUUCGGAAAAAGUAAAUAAAAAAGCAUUAUAUGUCAUAAUAUAUAUAAUUAUAGAAAAAGAUAGUUACCACAUAUUC